AUGAAACUCGUGCCCAGGUACUGCAGUAUAGCCUUGGUGUUCAUCUUGUCUUUCUCCUCGAGGGUGGAGGAAAUCCGUGCUCAAGACCAAUCUUGCAUACAACGACUUCAGCCUUGCAUGGACUACCUGAAUGGGAACAGGGAUCCACCUAGCAGUUGUUGCGACCCCCUAAAAGUUGUAAUCAGAUCAGAGCCGGAAUGCCUGUGUAGUAUGAUCAGCAUCAGGGGAGCUAAUCAAGCUGAGAGGGCUGGAAUUAACAUAACUCAGGCUCAACAAUUGCCCGGCAGGUGUGGGGUGCAUAUUAAUCCUCUUGGCUGCAUUCUUGGUGCUCCCACUUCAAGUUCUGCUAGCUUCUCAUUCCGGGUUCCAAGCAUGGCUGCGGUUGCUGGUUCAUGGAUGAUGCCGCCUGGACAGGGUGACGAGGAGUCCUUUGCAGUAGUCAUUAAGUGCGACAGUGCUUUUCAGAUAAAGCACUGA